AUCACGUUGUCGGUGACGUCACAGUUAAGGACAUGACAACCUGGCUAUGGUUCUAUAACUGGGGCACAGACUUCGUAGAGUUCACACAAACAAACGGACUACACAAUGUUGAUACUGACGUUGAUCUCAACGACAUUGUUGAUUAGUAACAUCCACGCAGAUGCCAACAACCCAGUGAUAGUAGCCAACACAACGUUCUUGGUGAACGAAACAGCAACACACGUUUCAUCGCCUGUGUUUGAUUUUGAUUAUCGCCUUAUUUUUUUCCCCAUGGUGGAAGUUACAAGCCCAAAACCCAGACAUGAACAUUAUCUUACAUAUAGUAAAGUUCGGAAAGUACAGGUGGUCGCCGUGCGCUUCAAGUUCUUUAACCGUAUAUGAUGGUCCAGCGACAGCAAGUCCACGACUGGCUGUUUUCUGCGAGUCGCUUACAGAUCGACAUCUAGUCAGUUCUGGGGAUACCAUGUUCAUUGCUGCAUACUAUGAUUACUUUGGACCCAACACAUCAUAUUCCUUUGCUUUCUCAUCAGAAAGAGUUGACAAAUCCUGCGGAGGUGUUCUUGAAGCCAGUUCUACAAUCAAUUAUCUGACUUCACCCGGGUAUCCCCGAAACUAUUUCAACAAUCAGACAUGUGAGUGGACCAUACAAUCCCAGAACGAGUCCGUGACUGUGGCAAUAUUUGCAGUGUCUGUGAAGCUACAGGGUUCCUCGACAUGUUCAAACGAUUUUUUGAAAAUAUUUUUCCUCAACGAUACGCAUAAUGAGCUGCUGCUUACAACAAUAUGCUCGACAACAAGCCAAUAUUUUUUGGUUAAGAGUCCCAGAAAUACGCUAAUCCUGCGUUUCGAAACUGACAGUGAAUUGGUGGACAAGGGGUUUGACAUAUCGUACACAACGGAACCAGCAACAUUAUGCAAUUCGUACUUGAAAGCCUACGAUUACCCAUCGUAUGUGUACUCUCCUGGUUACCCAGAUUCUUAUGAAAGUAACCUCACCUGUAGCUGGAGUAUAUCAACUACUUCAAGCAAUGUGAGGAUCCGAGUCUUUGUUGAACUGGAAAACGGCCUCGAGAAUUGUACCUCCACCGAUGUUUUGGUCUUGACUUACAGUUCAUCUCCGGAUCAACAAAUUGCAGUAUGCACGGAUGGCGAUCCAGCAAACAGUACGGCGUAUGAACCUGUUAGCUCUUAUGUUGAUAUUACCUUCCAUUCAUCCCCUAACGAACCCGGGCCUGCUUUUCGUAUCUCGUACCAACAGGUACCUGGACCAACCACAACUACAACCACAACUACAACUACAGCCACGACUAGAGGCACAGUUAGACCGAACCACUGUGAGGAUACAUACCUGACUGCUACAGAAACCGAUCAGUAUAUGACAUCGCCAGGUUAUCCUACCAGAUACGUCUCGUACCUGUAUUGUAACUGGCACAUAACAGCGCCCCGAGGGAAGAUGAUCCAUGUGGAAGUCGUUGAUUCAGAACUGGAAUCCUCCACAGGAUGUCGCUAUGAUAUUGUGAAAGCCUUCGACGGUACCACAAAUCAAAGUUCUCUUCUUGAAAACUGGUGUGAUGAGAGAACCCCCACAUUUCAAAGUACGGGAAAUACCAUGCUAAUAAUCUUCAAAACCGAUAGAACUAUAAAUGAAAAAGGUUUCCGUCUGAAAUAUUCAGUGACAGAAACACCCUACGUCUGCAGCACAAACGUCUCUGUGACGGCUUCGGGAACGAUGAUCUACUCACCAAUGUAUCCUGUUACUUACCCAAGGCACAGGAAUUGUUGGUGGUACUUAACAGCAGAUCAUUACGUCAACAUCAAACUAAGUGUUCUGGCGAACAGUUUUCGAUCAUCCGAUGACUGUUCUGUGGAUACUAUUUCCAUUAGUGACGAUGCCGGAGAAAUUGGUUCCCUUUGUGGAACUUACGACAGAACUUUCGUAAGUUCAGGACACAAUAUGAGAAUACGAUUCUACUCUGGUAGUUACGGGACUACAGGAACAGGUUUCAAGGUGUCUGCCAUUGGUGGUAUUUACGAAGUUUGUGAGUCGCGAAAUCUGGAUGCAACUGAGUCUUAUAGCUACGAUUUAACAUCGCCUCGGUAUCCUCUCUCUUAUCCAAACAAUGCCGACUGUACAUGGUUCAUAUCAACCUAUUCCUAUGGCCAUGUCAUCACUUUGGAAGUGGUGGUGUCUGAUAUUGAAUAUUCUGCUGGCUGUUGGAAAGACUACGUUGAGGUAUUAGAUGGGCAGUACACAUCUUCCCCAUCCCUUGGACGAUGGUGCGGAAUUCUUACCCCAACAAAGACAAGUUCUGACAGAUCGAUGACAGUCCUCUUUCAUACUGACCAUUCUCACACGGGAGGCGGUUUCAAGAUAACAUAUUACUCAAAGCAAAAGAACCAAGAGGAAAAGGGACCGGUCAAGUUCAAUACUGCUGCACUUUUCGGAGGAUUGGCUGGAGGUGGGCUCUUGCUUGCUAUCCUUAUCCUUUGUGCAAGGUCAUAUAAGAAACGAAAGUUAACAGAAAUGUCUCGAGCAGAUGUAAGGACAAGGCCUGCUUAUUUGACCACACCAAUCGGGCAACUGUCUACCCCAACCCCGGAAUAUACGGUAGGGUACAGUCAGCAACAGGUUUCAAUCCAGCCAAUGAACACAGGGGAAUACUACAACACCGCUGUGUUUGACCCACCGCCUUCCUACGAUGAUGUUAUAAAGAAUAACACCGACUUCCAGGUACCGCCCCUUGACAGUACUGUUCCUGACAACUCCACAACGAACAGUAAUACAGCAGACAGCCAGGCCGAUGACACGCGGUUGUAGCAACUGUACUUGCAUCAGAAAGGCUAUGCAAUGUUUUUAUUUGAUAAAAGUUCAACAUUUACUUUAGUGGAAUAUAAGCACUGGAGAGUAUUGAUCAACGACAGCAGUCAAGUGACUGUGUAGUGAACGUUGUAUUGCCGACUGUGUCAAUCCUGACAGAGGAGGAUGUGUCGGACAUACACACUUGACGUUACAUCAUCCAACAACGUGAAUUGUAUAAUUAGGUGCAAGUGUGUUUGGAUGAUGUUCCCGAUGUUGGUUAAUUGGACAGGCGGUUGUUGCAGUCCUGAUCGCAUCAGAAGGAUACGGAUGAUGAGUGUGAUUUUAUGCCGGUUUUGGUAAAAUUCCUGCAAUACCACGUCGGGGAACACCAGGAAUGGGCUUCAAACCAGAAGGAUUCGGGAUACACUUAGUCAGAAGUAUACGUACAUGUAAUGAAGAUUAGGAAUAAAAUCCCAUUGAACAUGUUUCUGCGAACAGUCUGGUUUGCUAAAGAAUGCACCGGAAAAAAUUCUCUCUCCAAAGUGGGCAUAUAUGAUUUCCAAAAGAACACUUUGACUGGUUUUGGAAUGUUGCUUUUCCUGGAAGUGAUGAAAGAAUUGAAUAAUCAGUUGCUCGGUGAUGUUUCUUGUUCAUUAUAUAAUACUUGUGUGUGUAAUUGUUAAAAUAUAUUGACAACUGCGCAAUAUCACUAACUUCGUCAUGAGGUACUUGCCUCUUCCGUUAUAACAGAUACCGUCAGUGCUACGUACAAACGGAUAAUGUUAUUAGCAUAAAGUGAAAAUGUAUCCUAGUUUACAGAUUGGUUCCAAUUUAAAUUAGUCCCUUGAAUACUUGUAAUACUUCAGUGUACAGUUUAAUAACCAUCUAAUACAAACAAUCAUCCAACAUUUGUCAGAGGAACAUCGACUUGCAGAUGUCAUAUAUUUUAUCUGAAGAUGGUGUGUAAUAAUGGGUUGUAAAAGAGAAUAAACUAGUACAUACAAAA